AUGCGCAUCUCAUCGGUCGAGCCGAUAGUCCGUCAUGCGUUUGAAUGGUACGGCCCAGUAUCCUAUCGAUGGCGGUGGUUCAUCACACUGAUUCCGUUGGCGAUCACGUUGGCGUGCUCGAUCGGAUUUCUACGAAUGCGCGAAUUGCGCGUCGACGAUCCGGCAUUCGUUUUCACACCAUCUGACGCCAGAUGGCGUCGUGAGUUGAAGGUGUUCGCCGAUAAUUGGCCGCUAAAUGAGAAUCGAUUCCUUCCGGGAAAAUCGUUUGAAACAAAACGAUUCAUCAAUAUCCUUAUAAAGGCCAAGGACAGCGGAUCAGUAUUGAGGGGGCCGAUUUUGAAGGAAAUCAAGAUGCUCAAUGAAUGGAUCAUGAAGAAUAUAUCAGUGCCAACGAGCGAUCGCAAAUAUAAUUUGACAUACGAGGAUUUGUGCCUGAGCUAUGAUUGGGUUUGUGGAGGCAAUGAGCACAUCGACAUGCUAUUGCAAAGAGAGAAAGUUGGCGAAUUUUUGGAUUUGUCAUAUCCAAGAGGAGGCAAUAAGGACACGCCCGUCUACCUCGGAACAAUUCUCGGCGAUGUGAAACUAUUUGCGAAUAAAACGGUCGCCGACGCGAAAAUGACGCAAUUGUUCUAUUUUUUGAAGCAGGAGCAAAAAAUGGUUGAGAUGUACUCGUCGCGAUUCUCAUACGCCGUUGAGAGAUUUCUGAAUCGCGUCUAUUCGUCGGACAUCAUCACAUUCUCAUUUGCACACUAUCAAUCAUUGGAGGACGGUCUCGAUGAGAAUGCGAAAGCGUUUGUGCCGAAUUUCGUUGUCAGCUUCACCGUUCUCGGCCUCUACGCGCUUUUCUCAUCGUUCACAUUGAAACGAAAGCCGGCGAAAAAGAUUGAUUGGGUUCGAAGUAAGCCAUGGCUAGCAGUUGCGGGAAUGUUCACUACCAUUCUAUCAAUUGUGAGCGCAUUUGGUUUUCUUCUACUAAUUGGUGUUCACUAUAAUGUCAUCAACACAAUUAUCCCAUUUUUAAUCAUUGCCAUCGGCAUUGAUGACAUGUUUCUAAUGAACGCGUGCUGGGACCAAACGAGCGACACGUUAACGGUGGAGGAGCGAUUGUCGAAAACGUUGGCGCACGCUGGCGUGGCGGUCACCAUCACCAACAUAACCGACAUUAUGUCGUUCGCCAUUGGUUGUAUAACGGACCUGCCGGGAAUCCAAUACUUUUGCACGUACGCGUGCGUCUCGGUGUGCUUUAGCUAUUUCUAUCAGCUCACGUUUUUCUGCGGCGUCAUGGCGAUAAUGGGCGACGCCGAACGCGAGAAGCGCCAUUGCGUGUGGUUCAGCAAGACGAUCGGUGUGGUGAGCAUCGCCGAAUUGAAUCGCGUCGCCGCCGCCGCCGACAAACAAUUGCAAAUAAGAUUUCCGAACAAUAUGCGGCAAUUUCAAAUAACGAAAAACGUAAAAUUGCCGCCAACUUUAUACGACUCGUCGAGUUCGAGCUCGUCACUCUCGGAGCACACGAGCUUCUCAUCGCAAAAAACGCUGCCGAUCGGUGAAUUGAAUUGGAGGUCUGAAGACCGUCCGCCUUCCUAUUCGCCGCCUCCCAUCGAAUCCCAACAGAUUCAUGCAUAUCAGGCAAUUGAGCCUGAUCGAAUUGUGAAAUUCCUCGGCCAAAAGUACGGACCAUUUUUGCUCUCCAAUCCAAUGCGAAUUAUCGCGUUGCUCAUUUUUAUUAUUUAUAUGGUUAUUGCGAUAUAUGGAUGUAUCAAUUUUCGGGAAGGCUUGAAUCCGGGAAAUCUUGUCACCAAUGAUCACUACAUUGCAAAAUAUUUCAAGGAUAUUAAAGCGUUUUGGAAAUCUGGUCCCCAGCUUCAUGUCGCGGUUUUGAAUCCGCCGAACUUCACGCUAAGCGCUGAAAGGGAAAAGCUAUUCGAAGUGGUGUCGACGUUUGAAAACACAAAAUUCACGAUGGGUCGAGAAGGGACCGUAUUCUUCAUGUUCGAAUAUCUCAAUUAUUUGGAAUCGCUGAACGUGGAAAUCGAGGACACUGAAAAAAUGUGGAAGACGAAAUUAAAGUCUUGGCUCAAAUAUACAGGCGGCUCGACGCAAUGGUCAAACGAUUUGGUGUUGAAUGAUGAUGGAAGUAUCAAAUCGUUUCGAUUUGAGAUUGCCAUGAAAAAUAUAGUGGAGCCGAAUGAUCAUAAGCACGCUACGCAGCUCAUGCGCUCGAUUGCCGAUCGCCAGCCGUUCAACGUUGUCGUCUAUCACGAAGCGUUUCCGUUCGCCGAUCAGUAUCUGAUCAUUCUGCCGGCGACAAUGCAGAAUGUUGCGAUAUCGCUUUUGUGUAUGACAGUCGUUGCGAUAUUAAUGGUCCCUAGUAUACCGUCAGCGGCCGUCAUUUUCGUUUCGAUCGUUUCCAUUAACAUUGGCGUGUUCGGCUACAUGACCCUAUGGGGUGUGAAUCUCGACGCGGUCAGCAUGAUAUCGAUCAUCAUGAGCAUCGGCUUCGCCGUCGACCUGUCGGCGCACAUCAUCUACGCGUUCGUCACCUCGCACGGCGACACGAAUCAACGGGUGAUUGGCGCGCUCGAAGCGUUGGGUUGGCCGAUUUUUCAGGGCGCUUCAUCGACAAUCGCUGGAAUCUCGAUAUUGUACACAGUGGAUGCCUAUAUAAUAUUAACAUUUUUCAAAACGAUUUGGUUGACAAUUUUUAUCGGCGCCGUUCACGGCCUGUUCUUCAUUCCGAUCUUCCUCACCCUAUUCCCCGUCGAGUUCUUUCGAAUACCGAAAACGGUUGAGCUUCAUUAG